AGAAGAGAAGAGAAUGCUGUCUCCGGUGGAAUCCAGAAGAACCCCAAAGCCCAAAUCUGGGCCCAGUUCCCCCAUCGUGUUCCUGGCCACCUGCAUUGCCGCAAUUGCUCUGGUUUUCCUCUACACCUAUCUCAAUUCCACCAGCGACUUCUCUUCUUCCUCCCUCAAAGCCCUAGAAUCUGUUCCCAGUUUGAUCAGCCAGCGCCACGGCAAGUACCUCUACUGGGGCACCCGAAUCGACUGCCCCGGCAAGCACUGCCACUCCUGUGAGGGCCUUGCCCACCAGGAGUCCAGUCUCCGCUGUGCUCUCGAAGAAGCCCUCUUUCUCCAAAGGACUUUUGUAAUGCCCUCCAGAAUGUGCAUCAAUCCCAUACACAACAAGAAAGGGAUUUUUCAGCACUCUGACAACGCAAGUUCAGAAGAAAAUUGGAAUGCAAACUCUUGUUCCAUGGACUCUUUGUAUGAUAUCGGCCUCAUAUCGGAGACUGUUCCAGUAAUUUUAGACAAUUCAAAAAUGUGGUAUGAGGUGCUAACAACAAGCAUGAAGUUAGGAGAUAGAGGAGUUUCUCAUGUGGAGCGAGUUACUCGUGUUGACCUCAAAAACACUAGUUUCUCAAAUCUUUUGCUCAUAAACAGAACUGCAAGCCCUCUUUCAUGGUUUGCAGAGUGCAAGAAUCGAAACAACCGUAGUGCUUUAAUUUUGCCCUACUCUUUUCUCCCCUCAAUGGCAGCAAAGAAAUUGCGGAAUGCAGCUGACAAGAUUAAGGAAAUCCUUGGUGAUUAUGAUGCCAUUCAUGUUCGUCGUGGAGAUAGACUUAAGACCAGGAGGGACAGGAAUGGUGUUGAGAGGACCCUAUCACCUCAUCUGGACAGGGACACACGCCCUGAGUUUAUUCUACGCAGAAUUGAAAAAUGGGUCCCACCUGGACGAACUCUUUAUAUUGCUUCAAAUGAAAGGACACCAGGAUUCUUUUCACCGCUCUCCAUCAGAUACAAAUUGGCAUACUCAUCAAAUUAUAGCCGCAUAUUGGAAACCUUGAUUGAGAAUAAUUACCAAUUGUUCAUGAUUGAAAGGCUUAUCCUGAUGGGUGCCAAAACAUUCAUUAGAACAUUUAAAGAAGAUGAUACAGAUCUCCAUCUUACAGACGACCCCAAGAAGAACAUCAAAAACUGGCAAAUACCAGUCUACACCAUGGAUGAAAAGGGAAGGUGACAAUAUACUUAUGCAAUAGGUCCCAAUGCACGCUCACUCUUUAGUUGUGCAACCAGCUGAGGCUAACAUGGCUUGCGCCACAAUCUUCCUGUUGAAAUCAAUAUGGUGGGGAAGAUUGCAGGCUCAAAAUGUAACUGUCCUUG